UUGCCAGGAUGGUUUCAUCAAUGGGACCGAAACUGAAGUUCUCUCUUGUGUUUUAAAUAUGAAAGCCUUCAGAGGUUGGGAGUGGAAACGAUGAGGGAGGCACUUCUGGGAACAGACAGUGAGUGAGCAGUUGGACAGACCUAAAGACAGCUUGUGAACAGCUCUGUCUUUCUCUGGGAGUCUGGCGCAAGACAGCAGAUCAUCUACAAGCCACCCUCAGUGAGAAGGAAGAGGCCCUGGCAGCCAUGUCUUUUUCUCUGGUCUCAAUGAGAAGCAAUGUUCAGCCGAUGCUCAAAGGAUUCUUUUGUAUCCUGUGGCUAAUGCUGUGCUUUCUGGCUGAGCAGAAAGGUGGUGGGAAAGUCCUGGCUUCCCUACCAAAGGAAUGCUACCGAGUUGCAGCUAAAGUGACCUUUGACCCGGCCACUGCCCACCCAGCACUUGUUGUGUCUAAAGACCAGAAGACUGUGACAUCGGAAGGUGUGGACCACGUCGUACCUCCCAACCCCAAGAGGUUCACUAAAAGCCCUGCCGUGUUGGGCUCUCCAGGGUUUAAAUCAGGGAAACAUUGCUGGGAAGUGGUGUACAGAAACCAGAGGGAAUGGGCGGUCGGGGUAGCGCUGGAGUCUGUGAAAAGGAAUGUCUACCUCUCCCUUACCCCAGAGGAGGGGAUUGUGCAGUAUGGUGUCUGGUGGCUUCGGCGUCGGGAAAGCGACCCCCAACCACCUCCCCAAGGCUCUGGAACCAUUGGGGUUCUUCUGGACUGCGAUCAAGACACCGUGACUUUUUACAUUGAUGGUAAAGUCAUUAAGAAAAAUGUUCCCCGCAACGGAGAGGUAGUAUAUCCUUUCUUCUAUGUGGGUGCAGAGGUUUCACUCCGCCUGAACGACUUGAGAGAGUGAGCGGAAAAUUGCCCGCCAGCGCCACGCCAUGCAUUUUUAAGGAUUUAAGAGUCUCUGGCUUCAUGCGGUAAAGACACAGGAACAACAAUACACAUGUGGUGGGGUUGUGGGGAGAUGAAUAAAUUUUGGAGAGUAAUACGUGAGGAAUUAAAGAAAAAGUUGAAAAUCCCAAUUGUUAAAAAAUACCAGAGGUACAGGUGAAACUCGAAAAAUUAGAAUA